UGCAUAUUCUGCUCAGGUAGCAGGGAAGGAUGGACAGCUGCAUUUGAUUUGGAAAGGACAAUCAUUUCACAACAAUGCAGCUGAAGAUGGUUCUAAAAUGGCCUUGCCCUUGGACUAUCCUUGUCAGCAUCGCAAUCACCUUUUUGGUCACACCUGCGAACACUCAAGUGUGUAAUGGCCUUUUCCCAGAUGAACAGCGAAUAUGUGAAGGCAACAAUAGCAUGGCACUGGAAUCCAAACUACGUUCUGGCAAUCUAAGUGAUUUCUGUAUCUUCACCGUCUCACAAUAUGCGUGUGUUCAGUGUCACUUGCUGGCAAAGUUAAACAGCAGCAAUUUGGCCUCGAUCUUCGAAUGUUUUGCUGUCAUGAGGCCUGUGAGCCUCUCUGAUGUCAAUGCUACCAUAUUAUUCAUACAGAAGAUCAGUCUAUCGAAAUUUGAGGAGUUGCUGGAGAAGGUCAAUGCGAAGAUUAAUGACACAUUUUUGGUUCCACUGAUGGCCAAAGAAACAAUCCUACGUGCCACAUGGGAGAGAUAUAAAGCCGAUACAAGAUUAAAAAAUGCAACAUUUCUCAAAAGCUUUCUACAGCUCCUCAGACCGUUUAUUGCUGGCAUUUCUAAACCCAUUCUGCAAUCUCUUCCAUACUGGAACGUAUCAUGUGAUGAUUUCAAAGCAUUUGUACAAGGAUUCAACACAGGUCUGGCAGAGAUGACAUUGGAUACAAAGGCAGCUCUGGAGGACUGGAUCUUUAGUUACAUCAAUGCCACAGGUGUGAGCUGCAUCACCAAUGCGAGCGAGUCUGGGGAAUGGUUGGUGAAGAACUGGGAAUUCCUCAAUGAUCUAAUUAAGUCGGUGAAUCUUAUUCAGCAGAAAACAAACUCCAGCCCAAUUAGCACGACGGUGAUUCAAAACAAGACAGUAGGCGACUCAUUACUCAAUAGUAUCUUUGGUGGCCUGGCACCCCUCUUUCCAGUGUUUAAACCUGAAAACUUCACUGAGUGGUUCGAGAAGAAGCUACCGGUACUGUUAUCCAGAAUUACAAGCUUUGAGCUUGCUAGCAUACCCACAAACAUAACAUGUGAAUCUUACCAGGCCAUAAUGAAAGGAUUUAGCAGUGUGGUAAACUUCACAUUACCACAAAUUGGUGAUCUGUACAGAUUUGGAAAAAACAUCCUCUCCCAACAUAUCAUUUUAUCAGGUUCAGAAUGUGAUGCUGAUGUGAGAAAAGACCAUGAAUGGACACAAAGGAAAUUUAUGCAAUCGUUAAAAGGCUUGUCGUUCAAGAGCUUCUUAGCUCUGAACUUUUCUGGAUUUGAGAUAUUGGAUCUCCUCACUCCACAAAUACUUUCUGGGUUGACUGUGCACUCUGAUGCUUUGAAUGACACGGACAAAAUCAGCCAGAUCAUUGACACACUUGCCAGCAAAAAUUUCAGUGACCUGAUUGCGUAUUUGACACAAUUUGUUGCUGAUACAAAAGAGAUGAAUGUUACAGCGUUUCAAAAUGGAACAAUAAGACACUUGAUGCUGAGCAAGAUCAUGAAGUUGUUGGAACCGUUCUUUCCAAAGCUUAACACCAGCGACUACGUCGACUUGUUCCAGAGGAAAUUAUUUCUGCUGUUGCCUAGUAUCACAGAAAAGGAGCUUGCCACCAUACCCACCAACAUAAGCUGUGAAUCAUAUCAAGCAAUCAUUCAAGGUCUGAGUGAUUUGUAUCUAAAUCUAUCUGAGCCACAGCAGAGACAGAUCUACACCUUCAGCAAAAAUUUCUUGUCCUUUCAGAUUAACUUUGCAGGUUCCAAAGGAAUUCCAUGUUCUUCCGACAUGGCUGGAACCCGUGACUGGCUACAGAAGAACUUUUAUAAAUUCAUUGCCCACGUUUCCUCCAUAGAUUUACUGCAGUUGAACAAGAACUUGUCUGUACAUGAAAUAUUGGAACUACUGAAUACACCUGAACUCUCUGGACUGGCUGUAAAGUCACUGAAUAACACAUCUCACAUCAAAAUGAUCAUUGAUGCCCUUGGUAAUAGAAGCUUCACUGAACUGGUCACCUUUAUUACCCAAUUUGUGAAUGAGACACAAGUGAUGAACAUUAAAGCCAUCAAAAGCACAGCAAUAAGGGACAUAUUGCUGAAUGGGAUUAUGCAGCUAUUGAGACCCCAGUUUGUGAGAUUUAAUACCACAGAUUACGUUGAGUGGUUCCAGAAAAGAUUACAAUUGCUGCUGCCCAGUAUCACAGCCGAGGAGCUGGCCUCUAUACCCACUAAUAUAUCAUGUGAAUCGUAUCGAGCCAUAUUGAAAGGACUGGAUAAUUUGUAUCAAAGUUUUACACCCUCACAGUGGCAGGACAUCUACAAGUUUUGUAAAAAAGUUUUGAAUUCGCGCCCCACUUUAUCAGGUUUGCCAUGUGCUUCUAACACAACUGGAAUCCGCGAUUGGCUACUGAAGAACUUCUAUAAGUUCAAGUCACAGAUUCCCUUCACGGACUUGCUACAUCUGAACAAGAACGUUUCUGUGUUUGAACUACUGGACUUAUUGAGUACACCACAGCUCUCUGGAUUGACCGUGAAGUCACUGAAUAAUGCAUCUGACAUCAAUAUGAUCAUUGACAUCCUCAGAAACAAAAACUUCACAGAUUUGAUUGCCUACAUUACCCAAUUUAUUGAGGACACACGGCAGAUGAACAUUACAUCUAUUCAACAAACAGGAGUGAGAGACGCAUUGCUGAAUGGGAUUAUGCGACUAUUGGGACCCCAGUUUGUCAGAUUUAAUACCACAGAUUAUGCUGAGUGGUUCCAGAAAAGAUUACAAUUGCUGCUGCCCAGUAUCACAGCCGAGGAACUGGACUCUAUACCCACUAAUAUAUCAUGUGAAUCAUUUCGAGCCAUAUUGAAAGGACUGGAUAAUUUAUACCUAAACUUUACACUGUCACAGAAUCAUGGAAUCUAUGCUUUUGGUAAAAGGUUUCUGAAUUUCCAGCUCAGUCUAUCAGGUUCCCUGGGUAUUGCCUGUGUUGAUAACACCAAUGGAACCCGUGAAUGGAUAAUAAAGAACUUCUUCCAAUUCAUGGCACAAUUUAAAUACAGGGACUUCAUAAUACUAAACAAGGACUUCUCUGGUUUUGAAGUUUUGGACUUGCUCAGCCCACAGCAACUUGCUGAACUGACUCUCGCCUCUGCAUUGAAUGACACGGAGAAAAUCAACCAGAUACUCAAUACCCUAGCAAGCAGACGCUUCAGUGACUUGAACAAAUACAUGACUCAAUUUAAUCGAGAAGCCGAAGAGAUAAACAUUACUGUUAUUGAAAAUGCAAGAGUGCAGCACAUAAUGCUGAGCAGAAUCAUGAAGCUGCUGGAACCACAGUUUCCAACAUUUAAUACCAUCGACUAUAUUGACUGGUUCCAGACCAAAUUAUGUCUUCUGCUGCCCAGUAUUACAAAAAAUGAGCUUGACAUCAUUCCCUUCAACAUAACCUGCAAAGCUUACCAAUCUAUAGUGAAAGAACUGGACAAAUUAUAUUCAGAUUUCUCACUGGAACAACAAAGAAACAUUUCUGAUUUUAUUGUUGAUUAUUUGUCUGCCCAACUUGUUUCAACAGAAACUGCAUGUACGGCUCGUACUAACGGAAGUAAGGCUUGGCUCCAAAUUAACUUCGGCAGGUUCCAUUCAUUUGUCCCCUACAACAUACUCCGAGCUCUGAACAAGAACUUCAUUGGGACUGAUGCCUUGGAAUCAUUGUCUGUUUCACAACUGGGGGAAUUGGCUGGUAAUGGGACACUGAGGAACAGCAACGAUGUGCAGAGAAUUUUCAGAAUCAUCAAUAAUGGCACCAUUGUUGAGUUCAUUGAUGCAUUCAGCACUGCUGUUAACAAGAGCAAAGUGAUUUUCUCUCCUGGCGUCCGAACAGCUUUGCUAAGGGAAGUUCUGAACCUCAUUGAACCGAUUCUUUCAAAUGGCAAUGUCUCUGAGCUCUACUUGUGGUUCGGGAUAAGGCUGCAAGCACUGCUACCUGGACUCAAUGAGACGAUGGUACCUUCAUUAUUUGUCACUGAAAGCUGCAAUGGAUCUCAAGUCAUUAUCUCCAUAUUGAGCUCAAUCAAACAACAACUAGAUGCCGCUGUUCGAGAAGCCAUAUACAGAAAUAUAUUAACUUUCAAUAAUGUCUCACCCCUUCGUUGCUAUGGGAACAACAGCUUUGUUGAUUAUCUCAACAAUCGUUUCCAAAAUUUCUCAGAGUUUCUCACACUGGAGGAUACAAUUCAACAGAUUCCUCGCAGUCAACUUACUGAGGUGUUGAAAACCAUUGAUCCCAGUGGAUUGGCUGAUCUUCUGAACAGGCCGAGAUUCAUUGACAACAACAAGAUUCUGAUCACAGUGUUAAAUACUUAUGGAUCAGUUCAGAAUCUAGUUACAUUUAUUGAUGUUUUCAACCAAAAAGUCCAAGAUAAUCGUCUGACAGAUGAUAAUCGAGUUGCACUCCUGGAGGUUUUCUGGUACCGCUUUGUGACAGCAUUGUCUGAAAACAAUGGCACAGAUGUGGAUGAAUGGCUUAAUGUCAGACUGCAACCCUAUCUGCUUUUUAUCACAACUGAUCUCUUGGCUUCCAACAUCACCCUGAAAAUUCCGUGCUUUCCUUACAGGAAAAUUGUGAGAACAUUGAACACCCUCUACAGUAACAUAACUUCCAGUAAACAGAGAGAAAUCUAUAAUGGGAUCAAAAUUUAUUUACAACAAGAACCUAAACCCAAAUGCUACAAUGCAAGUGAUCCAGUUCUGAACUCCACUGCUUGGUUUGUUGACUACCUGGGACUGUUUAUGAAUGAAAUAUCGCUGACAGAUCUUCAGUCUUUCUUUGAUGAUGAGACACAGCUUCAAGAUUUUGUGGCAAACCCUGAAAACCAGGCGCUUUUUAGGAAACUGAUGUUAUCCACUGAAAUCACAAAAUUCUUUAUUAACUUGCUGUUGAAAAACAACUCGCUUGUUAAUGCUACAAGUUUGCCAGACUCUCUUGUUUGCUUUAUUCUUGGUACUGAUGCACUUAAGUCCUUGAAUGUGCAGCAAAUUCUGGCUAUAAUUAGCAAGGUCAAUGAUGUCUGUAGACUCACUUCUCCAUUCAACAAAACUGGGGAUGGAUCUUUUCUGAGCGAUGAAGAACGAAAGCUCGCAAUCUUCUUGGUCAGCAAGUUCGACAACUUCUCACUCAGCAUUCUGAAUAGUUUGGGACAAACGGCUGUCGGGCUGUCAUUGUCCCAGAUUAGAGGUAUUGAUGCGAACAUUCUACAGGAAGCUCUGCCAAACUUGGGUCAAGUCAAGGGAUGGAAUCUGGGCCAAGCUAAAGCAAUUAUAACCAAGUUACUUAAAAAUGGCUUCCAGGUCAAUGACAAAGAGAAUUUGCUAAAGCUAGGAAGCUUGGUGGCUGGUAUUCCAAGUGAUGAGUUCCAAAGUAUCAAUCCUGGGGUGUUCAUCAAUUUAAUCUCAAAUCCAACAUUUGUUGAGAAUAUUGGAGCAGCACCACAGCCGAUACAAACCAUAUGUGUUCUGCAGGUGUUGCGGAAUGUAGGAGACCCUGUCCAAACGGUGAAGACCAUUCCAUCUGUUCUAGCCAAAGAGGUCCCACCUGUGCUGCUAAACUCAAACUUAGGCCUCAGUGACGUCAAUGACAAACAGUGGGUUCCCAGUCAGGCUGCCGUGUUUUUUGAAAGUGUUGUGAAAAGCAGUAACAAUUAUGACACAUUUUCACCUUCCGUUCUGCAAGGCUUCAGUUGUGGGGCAGUCAAAGACCUGAAUUUUACAAACUUCCUUCAGCUUGUUCAAGCAAUGAAGGGGAAAGGGGCUAUGCUUGAUGAAAGUCAGCUCAGUUGCAUGUUUUUCCGGCUAACUUCAAAAGGAAAGCCUCCAGCCAUAGAAACAUUGCCUGUAGAUGUUCUGCUUUAUUUUAACUCUAAGAACUUCAGAACAUCUCGAAAUUGCAAGACAUUCUUCAAAGGUGUUGGAAAAUCAAACAUUAAUCUCUUACCGAAAGGAUCGUUAAGGAGACAAAAUCUAUUGGAGGACGCCAAAAUCUGUUUGGGAAUUACUGGCACAAAUUUGACCAAGGAGAGUAUUGCCAUACUAGGUGGAUUGGUGUGUGACCUUGAGGGUUCAGUCAUCAAAGAAUCUGAUCUAUUCAUCUUGGAGGCAUUGAAGAAUUGUAUCUCGUAUGAAGGGAGUCAGAAAAAAGCCAUUGAAACUCUGCUUCAAAGUGGAGCCAGCAUCUAUGGCUCUCCUUCAUCUUGGUCAUCAUCUACAAUAGAAGAUCUUGGAAAUCUUCCUUUAGCCUUUACUGAAAUCUGGAAUCAAGUAAACAGGGACAUCCUAAUACAAGCUCUCCCAAGAUUCAUCAAGAAAGUGAAGAGAUUCAUAUCACCCAAUGAAACCCUGGCAUUCAUAAAUCAGCUCAACUUAAGAGACUCAGACGAAGGAGCAAACUGUACAAUGUUAGCAGCAGAAGCCAUUGAUGAUCUGACACCUGCAUUCUAUGGUGCAUCCAUGUUAGAUGUAUGUUUGAGUGACCUAGUGCUGGAGGACAAUGUCUUCCAACUGGGAGCUUUUGCCUUUGAACCUGCUCAGCUGGUGAUACUGAAAAAGAGACUAUUACAGAUAUACCCCAAUGGCUUACCGGAAAACCAGAUUCAACUGCUGGGGAACAUAUCAACUGUGUUUAGUGUGGCAGACGUCAGUCUUUGGAAUAUCACUGAGGUUGUGACACUUUCUGCGUUAAUGAUGCAGAAACUGGAAAGCCCAAUGGUGAAAGCCAUCAUUGAAAGAUAUCUUCAGUUGGGUGGAGUUCUAAAUGCAGUUUCUGUACAAGCUAUUGGUGGGCCCAACCUAUGCCUUCUGAAUGAAAGCCUGUUGGUAACAAUUUCAAACUUAACGGAUGCAGGAGCACUGGAUCUCUCAACAUGUAUUCAGUCACAGAAAAAUCUGCUGUACAAUCAAGCAUCCUCUGCAUUGAGAUCUCAGCAAAGCAAUCCUAUCCCUUACUUUCACCUGCUGAGUCCAUAUAUAGGUGGUAUCCCACGGGAUGAUCUUGAGAUACUUGCAAAUAACUCAGUCAAUAUGGAUUUUGCAACCUUCAUAAGCCUGAAUCCUCAGGAAGUAAAGAAUUUGAGUGCCCAGAAUCUGAUCGACUUGCUUGGAUAUAAUCUUCCAGCUCUUCAACGUGGAAUCAAUGAAACUGUAGUGAGGGUCUGGGUGAACUCACACUUACAAUCUGAAGUCCAGAAACUGGGUUUGACUGGAGGAAUUCCAGAUCCUACCCUUGAAUCAAUUUUCUGUGCUGACAAAGACAGUUCGGCUGUCAAUAAUUUCCUGAUUGAAGUUAAACGGAAUCAAAUCUGCAAUUUUAACAUUGUAGAAUAUGCAUGCUCUCAGACUGAUCUACUGAAGAUACAGGUAGACAGUGAAGUUUUAUCUUCCAUAUUUGACUGCUUCACUGGCCCAAAGGUUCUGAAUACCUCAGAUGAAAUAGCACUGACCAUUUUCCUUCAGAAAUUUGAGGAAACCACACGGAACGAAGCACUUGACAAGUUCAACAACAGGACCCUGAACACAUCAUCAAUUCCUUUGAUGACAAAGAUCACAUUCAUGAAUGCUCUGUGGGAGAUCGUGAAGACCAAUGAAAACUUAACCAAUGCAGAUUUCCUGAGGAAAUGGUUCCAAGAGAGACUCAGGCCUUUCAUUGCUGGUAUUUCCCAGUCAGUGCUGAACGGCUUUCUGAUGAGGAACAUAACUUGUGAUGGUUUCCAGGUUAUUGUACAAGGACUCAGUUAUGGUCUGAGGGAAAUGCCACCAGAAACAAGAAUGACAGUGUUGCAAGAGGGGGUUCUUAAUUUUCUCAACACCACAGCGUUUUCUCUUAAUUGUUACAACAAAGACAGUUUUCUUCGGUUCUUGAAGAAGUCAUUCCCAAAGUUCGCCAGCUUUCUAACUCUGAAGGAUGUAUUUAAUCUGGCUCCUCCUGGCAUUGUAAAUGAGUUGGUGAAUAGCAUUGAUCCCAGAGAAAUGGCUCAGGCACUGAGCAGGCCUGGAUUCAUUAAUGACGACAGAUUACUGACCAUCGUCUUAAUCCACAUCGAACCCACCAAAAAUCUGGCUGCAUUUAUCGAUCAAUUCAUCAUCGAAACACAAGAUAGCGAUCUUUUAGCUGAUGUUAUAAAAGGGUUGGAGCGUGAGUUUUCCAGAAGCCUGUCUGGAAUUGAUGAUCUAAAUGUGAAAGAAUGGAUUAGCACUGUACUAGUUCCAGCUCUGCCUGAGAUCACCAGCACUGUUUUCAAUUCCAAUAACAGCAUUGAAAUUCCAUGUUUUGCAUUUGAAAAGAUUGUUAUGGCAUUGAGUUUAUUCAAACAGCAGCAGAAGACUGAUGACCAAGAAAUUAUUUUUGAUAAUUUGUUACAUUAUGCCAAAGCAUUCCCUCUUCACUGUUAUAAAAAUGACAGUUUUGUCAGUUAUUUGAGGAAUUAUUUCCAAGCAUUCCUUGACUUCCUAACUCUGAAGGAUGCAUUUUCAAUUAUUCCUCCUGACCGUUUAACUGAGGUGUUGAACAGCAUUAGUCCCAGUGAAUUGGCUGAUUUACUGAGUAAGCCUGGAUUCAUCAAUGACUUUGAGAUCCUGACCAAUAUCUUAAUCAACAUCCAUUCCAUCCAGGAUCUGAAUUUAUUUGUAGGAGAAUUCAUCACCAAAAUACCAAAUAUUGAUACCUUAACUUCUGUCAUAAUCGGUCUGCAGUCUGAAGUUCUGAAAAGCCUCUCUGGACUCAGUGAAAUAGAUGUGAAAGAAUGGCUUAAUGAAACACUACUUCCAUCUUUGCCAUUGAUCGUCGAAACCGUCUUGACUUCCAACAUUUCCCUGAAAAUCCCAUGCUCCUCUUUCGGAGAAAUUGUCUCAACAUUGAGCUAUGCCAAAAAUCUGCUGAGUAAGAGUGAUCAAGAAUUCAUAUAUAGGAAAUUAUUGCUUAGAGCUAAAGUGUCCACUGCCAUGUGUUUUGCAAACACCAGUUUCAUUCUGUACCUGAAGGACUAUUUCCAAGGUUUUUCCAACUUUCUCACUCUAAGUGAUGCAUAUUCACUGGUUCCACCUGGCCGUGAACGUGAGGUCCUGGAUAGUAUUGACCCAAGAAAUUUGGCUGAUGUGCUGAGCACGCCUGGGUUCAUUGACAGCAGUGUGAUUCUAGUCAGGGUGUUGAUCCACUUCCAAUCCGUCGAUAAAUUAGUGAUACUUAUUGAUCAAUUUUUCAAAAACAUCCAAGACAGUGAAUAUUUUGAUGAUGUGGUAGAAGAGUUACAGAAAGAGUUUUACCGAAGUAUGUCUGGAGUCAGUGAUAUAGAUGUGGACGUAUGGCUCAAUAACACAUUGAUUCCAUCCCUGCCAUUAAUCACAAAGACUGUUUUGGCUUCCAAUGACAGCCGGAGAUUCCCAUGUCCUCUCUUCAAACGAAUAGUUGAUUUACUGAGCUAUUUCAAAGGUCGUCUGAAAAUCAGGGAUCAAGAGGCUGUAUAUAAAAACUUAUUAACAUACCAUAAAGCAUUCCCUCUUUAUUGUUAUAACAACAGCAGUUUUCUCCUUUUCCUGGAAACAUAUUUUCAAGAUUACAUUGUCUUUCUAACACUGAAGGAUGUUUCUUUACUGGUUCCUCCUGACCGUGUGGCUAAGGUGCUGAGUACCAUCGCUCCAAGUGAAUUGGCUGAUCGGUUGAGAAUACCUGGAUUCAUUAAUGACAACAGGACUCUAACCAUUGUACUUCUGAAUAUCAAACCCAUCCAGAAUUUGGCUGCAUUUAUAGAUGCUUUCACCAAUGCAACCCAAGAUAGCAAUAUUUUAUCUGCUAUCAUAGCAGGUUUGUGGCCUCAGUUUACUGAAAACCUGCCUGAACUCAGUGAUGCAGAGGUGGAUACAUGGCUUAAUACCAGAUUGGUUCCAUACCUUCCAUUUAUCACCACACGUCUUUUGGUUUCCAACAGCACUCUCAGAAUUCCAUGCCUUACCUACAGGAAAAUUGUCAAUACACUGAACACCCUCUACACACGUUUAAAUGCUGAACAACGGACUGAAAUCUACAAGGGGAUCAGGACGUACUUACAACAAGGUCCCAAACCCAAAUGCUUUAAUGUGAAUGAUCCAGUCCUGAACUCCACCGCAUGGUUUGCUGAAUAUCUGGGACUAUACUUAGCCCAAAUGUCAUUGACUGAUCUUCAGUCUUUCUCUGACGAUGCAGCAGUUCUUCGAGAAUUUGCAGCAAAUCAAGAAAACCUGGCUCUUCUGGAAAACCUAGCGUUAAUAAAUGAAGUCUCCAAAGUCUACAUUAAUUUCCUGGUUGAACACAAUCCAAAUUUUAAUGCUUCAAGGCUGCCAGAUUCUUUGCUUUGCUUCAUUACUGAUACCAAUCUGCUUCAGUCGUUGGAUGCACAGCAAGUCUUGUCUCUGACAGUAAGAAUAAACCAAGUCUGUGGGCUUAAUACGCUUCCGAAUGCAACUACCAAUGGAACAGUACUGGCGGAAGAUCCAACUGAUGAGCAAUUGAAGCUUUCGAUUGCUAUCGUAAGCAAAAUCGACAACUUCACAGUGAGCACUUUGAAUACUCUGGGACAAACAGCUGUUGGAUUGUCAGUGUCACAGGUUGGAAAUAUUGGUGCGGAGACUCUGCAGAAUGCGCUGCCAAGCCUGAGUAAAGUCAGAGGCUGGAAUGUGGGCCAGGCCAAUGUGAUUGUCAUCAGGUUACUCAGAAAUGGCCUCCAGGUUAAUAACCCCGAGAACCUGCUGGGGCUAGGAAGCUUGGUGUCCGGCAUUCCAAGUGAUGUGUUCCAAGAUAUCAAUCCUCAAGUGUUCAUCAACAUAAUCUCAAAUCCAACAUUUGUUGAGAAUAUUGGAACAGCACCACAGCCAAUACAAACCAUAUGUGUUCUGCAGGUGUUGCGGAACGUAGAAGAACCUGUCCAAACGGUGAAGACCAUUCCAUCUGUUCUAGCCAAAGAGGUCCCACCUGUGCUGUUAAACUCAAACUUAGGCCUCGGUGAUGUCAAUAACAAACAGUGGGUUCCCAGUCAGGCUGCAGUGUUCUUUGAAAAUGUGGUCAAAAACAACAACAAUUUUAAAGAAUUCUCACCUUCCGUCCUUCAAGGCUUCAGUUGUGGUGCAGUCAAGGACCUGAAUUUUCCAACAUUUCUUCAGCUUGUUCAAGCAAUGAAGGGAAAAGGGGCCAGGUUUGAUGAAAGUCAGCUGAGCUGCAUGUCUGCAAGACUAACUUCUAAUGGAACCACACCAGCCAUAGAGAGCCUCCCUGUGGAUGUUCUUCUAUUCUUCAACUCUGUACGGUUCAGGAAUUCACCCAACUGCAAAACAUUCUUCAAAUUAGUUGGGAAAUCAAACAUUGACAUCUUGAGAAAAGAAUCAAGCAGAAGACGGAAUCUAUUAUAUGAUGCCAGGACCUGUUUGGGAAUUUCUGGCAGGAAUCUGACAGAGGAGAGUGUGACAAUCCUGGGUAAAUUGGUGUGUGACCUUGAGGGAUCCGUCAUCGCACAAUCUGAUAUUUCCAUCUUGGACCCAUUGAAAACAUGUCGCUCGUACACAGACGAUCAGAAGAAAGCCAUUGAAGGUCUCCUAAAGAGAGGAGUUAGCAGAUACGGGUGA